AUGGCAUCAGCUUUAAGAUCAAAGUUGUCCUCCUUAAGAGAGUACCUUACACCAAUCAAUCAUAGUUCCAAUUUCGCCACAACAGGAGAGAUUUCCCCUGAGGAGUUUGUUGCCGCUGGAGAUUAUCUUGUUUCCAAGUUUCCUACAUGGCAAUGGGGCAAAGCGCCCAGGGCGUUGGCAAAGUCGUUCUUGCCAGAGGACAAGCAGUUUUUGGUGACCAGGAAAGUACCGCUGUAUCAACGAGCCAAUGAUUAUCUUGGGGUUUCGCUGAACACAAAAGGAGAAGGCGAACUUGACGGUGAUGAAGAUGAGUUGGAUGAGGAUGGAUGGAUUAAGAAUAUUGCCAGUGUUAAGCUUGAUGAUUCCGAAAGACUUGAUAAGAAGAGUUCUACGUCUACUGAUAUUGAAGAGAUUUAUGAGGAUAUAGAUGACUUUGCUGAUGACACAGCAGAAGGAGAUGUUAAUGAUAAUGAUAAUGAUAAUGAAGAGGAUGAAGAAGAUUUAGAGGUUAUUGACACCAAUUCUACCAUAAAGCUUCGGAAAUACGAUCUAUAUAUCACGUAUUCUACAUCUUAUCGAGUUCCCAAACUUUAUUUGGUUGGUUUCAAUGCCAAUGGGAUCCCCUUAUUACCCCAACAAAUGUUUGAAGACAUCAAUAACGACUACAAGGACAAAACGGCCACCAUUGAAAACCUACCUGUUUCUCACAACACCACUUCAGUAUCAAUUCAUCCUUGCAAGCAUGCAUCGGUAAUGAAAGUACUUAUGAAGCAUUCAGUUAAGAAAGCACCACCGCCACCACUCAAACAAGAUGACGACGAAGACGAUAAAGACGAUAAGAGCCAAGAUUUUGGUGUUCGUGUUGAUCAAUAUCUCAUUAUAUUCCUCAAGUUCAUUGCCAGUGUCACUCCUGGUAUUGAGUACGACUACACUAUGGAUGCACUUUGA